AGAAGAACAACGGAUCUUGUUUCGCGGAAGUGACGUCGCCAUUGUUUUUGAAAAAGCGGCGGCGGUUUAACAUCCGAGCAUUAGCAAGUAAAUGGACAUAUUUUAUAUCAAUGUUUUUAAGGUGAUAACUCGAGUCAUGCAGCCCCAGCAGUCAUCACAGGAAAAAGGGCUUCUUGGUAGAUUGUGUUCUGGAGACAAGAAACUAGAGGGGAAGACCUUCUACCUCGACAAUGUGAAGAAACGCUCAACAACCCUGCUCCUGGAAGCCAUAUCUCUUUUAGGAGGGAGGUUUGAGAGUUUUCUGCACAAGGAUGUAAACUUUGUAGUGACUGGAAGCCAUGAGAGCCUUGAAGAAGAGAAAAGCGUGUUUACUAAAAGUGAAGAGAAGGGGGCCAAGGAAGGAAGUCAAACUCUGAUGGCGAAGCCUGAUGGUGGCCUCAGCAAGGACAAGCGGCGACAAGCUACACCUCGACUGGUGGCUUGUGGCAGCCGGGGGAAGGCUCUCCUUGAGAAAGCUAUUUCCAACAAAGAGCGACAGCAGAAGAGCAGUGUGUUGUCCAAUGCUCGAUCAUGGGGAGUCAAGAUCCUGCAUGUGGAUGAUGUCCUUCUAUAUCUGAAGCAUUUAACUAGAGAGAGCUUCAGUGCUAAACACAGGAGGCCCGAGAAGUCGUCCACUAAACAAAGUUUGCCUGUUGUUAAAGCUACAUCUUUACGGACUCCGUAUCUUAAAAUUGAAGACGUGAACCGGAAAUACAAGCCUCUGCAUAUGCAGUCUUUGGCCUUUCCUUCCCUUUACUUCUUGGGUCGAUUUAGUCCCUUUGAAUCUCCUCCUCCUCCGCUCUUCAAACAACCCUCAGGGCAAGAACACAAUAAAAAGAGAGAAAAGAAAGCUGAAAAGAGCCUCCAGGGAAAAUCUCAAACCCCGGUCAGCUGUAACCCCUCCCCUUGGCGGCUACGCAAAAAAGACUCAUCCUACUGUGAAUGCUGUUGUGAAACUUUUACUAACCUGGAGGAGCAUUUACAGUCAGAUCAGCACCGUUCAUUUGUGCUUGACCCCUCAAACUACAAAGCUGUGGAUCAGCUUGUGGCUGAAAUGCUUCCAUGUUUUGACUCCAAUCCACCUCAGGAAUCAGAAGAAAGAUCACCGACUCCUCUGCCUGUCAUCGAUGACUGUGAGCUAGAGCUGUGUUCUGACGUUGAGGUGGAGUAUACUGUUCAGGUCCUCAAGAGAGACGAUUCCCCCUUCAGUGGCCAUAUUCCCAACCCUUCCUGUGGUCAACCGUUGUGUAACCCGGCAAGUCCAUCAAAAGGAUUGAAACGUACAAGCCAAGACAUUUCCUUUCAACUGACUGACAAUCAGCCUGUUGUAACUGAGGCACAGCAGCAGUCCCAUCAAGUCCAGCCUCGGGUUUCAAGCCCAACUAUGCCCGUACUUACCAUUGAACCGCUCGACCAACAGCUGGAACCUGAUGCUCCAUGUCUCCUUCCAGACCCUUACUCUCUCCCUCCAGUUCUUAGCCCCCAGGUUCCUUUUCCCCGCUGUGUUAUGGAUCCUUACGGCACCUACUCAGAACCCCCAAUCCUCAGUCCUCAAAAGUACUACUCAGAAGACAACAGGGCAGAGCAAAUUUGUGAAAUGAACACUGAGAAAGGUGGUUUAGAACCUCUGCUCCCCACAUUACUUCCUGUCUUUUUUGCCGGGUCCAGUUUGCAAGGGAAGUUGGAUUUGAAUUCACUUUGCAACACAGAUUUAAAGUCUCCUCCUCGGUCAUCAAUUACUUCCAAUUCAUAUCCUGGAUUGACAGCUGUGGCACCAAACCCUAAAAAGCGCUGUAGAUCAGCCAGUCCUGAACAGAGCAGUAAGAGGAGGAAAAGCCCUGAAGAAAAGAGUGGAUGUUGCAGACAAAGGCUUAGCCCUUUAAAACAGCAAAGGGACAAUCUAGCAAAAGUUGUGGCCUGUUCGUUGUACAGUCAUGCGUCUUAUCCUGUAAGACAAACCUUCCCUCAGAUGGACCCAGAACAGAUGGACCGCACAGGUUCCUUCUCCGCUGCUCAGAAAUUGACUCAAACACUGUUUCAAAUAGAUUCUUCUGCAGGUCACCCACCCUUAAAAGGAACAGACUCUAAAUCCCCUUUAGAUAAUAACAAAACUACAUGUGCAAUCUCCAGUCGACACUCUCAGCCCUCACCUUCCCUCUCUACCUCAAUGUGGAUCGAGCCAGCCCUCAUCCCAGACAUCGCCACGCACUCCUCUGGGUCAACAGACUCCGACUGGGACUGCGACCUUCAGUCGCCUCCGACCACCACAGAGCAGAACCGUGAGCUGGACAGAGAGCUACUCCACAGGCCUUGUCCCUGGAUGCGCAACAGCAGCUACGAGUCUCACCUGCACACUGUCCUUCAGCCGUCGUCCCCGGCAACGUCGCUGUUCAGAAAGGAUGCGGAUUCUCCGACUUUUUCCAGAACUGUGGUGCAGAUUGUUGAGGUUCAGCACUAAUUGUAUUUCUUUUACUAGAUGAAUUUUACUUGAAAGCAAGCAAGCUUGUCAAAUGCUUUAUUCUGAAUAAAUAUUGACUUACAGCUUAUGAAGUUGUUUUUAAAACUGAUCCUUAACAUUUCUUUGUCUCUUUCGAGCUGCGUUUUCUAUGAUUUUAACAUUUCACUUUAUCUUCUGUUGUAAAGUUGUGUUGGACUGCGGAAUCUGAUGUAAUGUUGUGUUUUGCUGACUGCAGUCAUUCGCUGUGUCCGUCAGAGAACACACGGCUGCAUUGAGAGUUUAAUGAGGCCAUUUUGUGAAAGGGGAAGCAUUACUCAAUUACUCUAAUUGCUAUGCCUGGCUCAGAUCCCACAUGAGAUGUUGAUGGUCAAACAGCGGAGGCGUUCGUAUAGCUGAGGAUACAAACUCUCCGAUGAAUGUCAUAUAGCUGUUCCUGCCCUCUGAAGGUGUGCCGAAGGACAGGCUUUGUAAAAUGCAGGUAGAGUGCCACACUUCCACAGAGGCUUUACUGGAACUUGUUUUAACCCCCAAGCCAUAAAACCCAUCACAAAAACAGUUUACA